AUGUCGAUCAACUUCUGCGAGCACUUCAAGACAAGUCGUCCAGUUCGACUCCGUUUAAUGCAGCAAACCCAAACCGAAACAACCCUCUCCAAAGACACUGAAACGGAGCCAUUGAACCCGAGGCAUAUCGCCAGACCUCCAGCAUCGCACACCGUUCGCAUGUCUAUUUUGACCAAGCUUCACGAUGCCAUGGUCCAGCUCAAUAAGCAAGUUAUCAAAGAAAAUGACCCGUCUAAGAAGGCGCUUAUACUGUCGUCUGAUGAAGUUGUGACGAUGGCGCUGGAUGAAGAGGAGAAAGCGGCGAAGGAACAUUCUUCGGUAUACGCCAACGUGAUCAAGCUCCGCAUUACGAAGCUCAGGAAAAUGGACAGGGAAGAGUGGGAAACUAACGUGUCAACAUACAUUGUCGCUAAAUUUGGUCCGCCAGCAGGGAGCAACAAGCCGGAGGAUCCAGACGGGGAAGUAAUAACAGGGUUGAGCCCCCAGGAAGAAAUAUCUCUGCUUCCUAAACUCUAUGCGUCGCGAGAACAAUUAAACAAAGCUGGAUAUGUUACCACUGCUCCUACGAGUGAUGAUAUUGAAGCGGCAAAACGUGGUGCCGAGGCAGCUCAAGGAUGGGAGCAAUGCGAGCGCUGCAAUGGCAGGUUUCAGGUCUUCCCAGGCCGAAGGGAGGACGGACUUUUAGCCACAGGAGGACACUGCACGUACCACCACGCGAAGCCACUCCGGCCCCCAAAGAAGAAAACAGACCAUAUUACUGGGCAUAAGGAAUCAUACUACCCAUGCUGCAACGAAACAAUUGGGACUUCCGCAGGUUGUACGAAAGCUGAAUGGCAUGUUUUCAAAGUGUCGGAGGUUAAGCGGCUGGCUGCGGUGCUGCAAUACAAAGAAACACCCAGGCAGCCCAAUAAACCUACGUUACCCCCCAUCUGCUUCGACUGCGAAAUGGGCUAUACCACUCUAGGUCUUGAACUCAUCCGCCUCACGGCCGUCUCCUGGCCCGAAGGAAAUAAGGUCCUGGACGUCCUAGUAAAACCGAAAGGUGAAAUCUUAGACCUUAACUCCCGCUAUUCCGGCGUCCGUCCGGAGCACUUCGCCAACGCCACACCACAUUCGCCAUCCGACACGAAAGACAAGCCCCAUCAACAGCUCCCUGUCGUCGACUCCCCCAGCGCAGCUCGCGACCUCCUCUUCCAAUUACUUCAACCCGAAACCCCCCUUAUCGGUCACGCACUCGAGAAUGACCUCAACGCGUGCCGCAUCAUCCACCCCACCAUCGUCGACACUGCGCUCCUUUACCCGCACCCAGGUGGCCUGCCAUACCGCUUUGGCCUGCGGGCGCUCACACGCAAAUACCUGAAUCGACAUAUACAGGCUGGCGGUGGAGAGCUGGGUCAUGACUCUAUGGAAGAUGCGAAGGCGACGGGGGAUUUGGUUCGGGUUAAGGUUAGGGAGACGUGGAACGCGUUGAAGAGGGUUGGGUAUUCAUUUGAAAAGGGGAGGUUAGUGGCUCCUCCCGGAGGAGGGAUGAAAAAUGGCGUUGCCGGGGCGCAAGGGGCAAGCUCCAGCAUAUUGGGAGGUGGCGGCGGCGGUGUUUUGGGCCAUGGAGCCGGGAUAAAGCGGAAGGAAGGCGAGUAA